GUGGGACUCUUUUUUUUUCAUUGCAGUCACAUCACUGGCGACAUGAUCUGGAGACAUUUGAUGCUUUUGGGGGUGUCCGUCGUUCUUCUUAUGAGAGUUGAAUGCAGAAUCAAGGAGGGAAAGACGCUGACUUUCCGCCGGACUCAGCAUAGUGAGAGCCAGGACCAAAUGCGCCGUCGCCCCAGGAGGGAUGCCAGCAGCUCCCCAGGCCUUUCCAAGCCUUCACAUGGUCCUCCCUUCACCUCUUGUCGGCUCCUCCUCACCCCCGCCGAACACGAGGUUCUGGAUGAUAACACACACGAGACAGGUUUUAAUGGUGAUGAUGGUUCCUACGUAAUUCUCACAUGGGUUGGUGAUGAUACAGGGGUGGUCUUGGUGCUGUCAACAAUCAGUGGUCCAGUUCAUCCUUUAAAUGAAGGAGGCUCCUCACGACUUUACAGAAGCACGGAUUAUGGCAAAUCUUUUCAUGACAUUUCUCAGAGCAUCAACCACACCUUUAUUAAGGAGGAAUUUGGAGUCAGUGUUGGACCUGGGAUCUCUGUGAUUUUAACAGCCGACACACCGGUGCUUAACAAUCCAGGUGGGAUUAUCUUCACCUCCACGGAUGCUGGUGCAACCUUCAAGUUCAUCCAACUGCCCUUUCACCUGGCGCAGCCAAUCGUGUACCACUUCCUCAACCCUGACUAUCUUGUGGCCCUCAGCAUUGAUGGCGGUCUUUGGCUUUCUCUGGACUUUGGGGCUUGGUGGACAAAAGUUCACGAUGGAGUGCAUUCUUUCUCAUGGGGAGCUGGCAUAAAUUUGUUCUUCAGCUGCAGUCAAGUAGAUGCAGUUGAGGCAGAGGAGAGGGGAGAUUUAAUCCUGAAAAGAACAAAGGACCUGGGGAAGACCUUCACCAUAAUCCAUGAGGACAUCUACAGUUUUGGUUACAUAGGAGCGUUUCUCUUCUUCUCCGUUAUGGAAGACCCGAGAUCUCCUCGUGUGAUGUAUUUCUCAUCAGACCAAGGAGAUACUUUCAGUCAAGCACUCCUGCCUUCUGCAUCCACUGAGCAGUUUUAUUCCAUCCUGGAUGGAGAUGAGGAUAUGCUCUUCCUGCACGUGGACAACCCAGGAGACACCUUCUUUGGGACCAUGUACACCUCAGACGACCGUGGGAUCUUGUUCUCCAAAUCUCUAGAGCGCCACCUGUUUGAUGGACAUCGAAAGAGUGACUUCACCAACAUUACUUCACUGAGAGGAGUGUACCUCACUAAUAAGCUAGACGUUGAUGGCCGUAUAAAAUCUGUCAUUUCAUUCAACAGAGGAGGGACGUGGAGACCGCUUAAAAAACCCGAGAACAUAAAUUGUGGAGACAAGAUCAAGAGUUGCAAUCUCCAUAUACAUGGGGAACACAGUCGUAAUAACCAUAUAGUUCCCAUGGUGACCCUGUCUGAGCCGGCUGCUGUUGGUCUGGUUAUUGCGCAUGGCAGCGUGGGUGAUUCUCUGUCAUCAUCGCAGAACCCCGACGUGUUUGUUUCCUCAGAUGGAGGUUAUAACUGGAGGGGGACGCUGAGGGGUCCUCAUCACUACACUAUAUUGGACUCUGGGGGUCUAAUUGUGGCUGUGGAGGCCCAUCGUGAAGGACAAGUCAAGACUAUCAAAUUCUCCACGGAUGAGGGUCAGUGCUGGAAGCUGUAUAACUUUACAGAUCAGCCCUUCUUCUUUGCAGGCCUGGCAUCUGAGCCGGGGACCAACGCCAUGACCGUCAGUGUGUGGGGCUUCCGGCCCGAGGAAGACGGCCAGCCCAUGUGGGUAGCAGUCACCAUUGAUUUCCAGAGUCUCAUUACCAGAGAAUGUAAUGACAACGACUAUGAAGAGUGGUUGGCUCAUUCAACAGAAGGAGGGGACUCGGAAAGAAAUGGAUGUGUCCUGGGUGUUAAGGAGACCUACAGGAGGUUAAAGAAGCAAUCUCUAUGCCGAAAUGGGCGAAGCUUUGUGGUGAUGAAAAAGCAAAGCCCUUGUCUGUGCACCAGAGAAGAUUUCUUGUGCGACUUUGGUUACUAUCGACACAUUAACACCUCAGAGUGUGUGAGACAGCCAAACGCUGCAAAUAAAACCUAUGAGCUCUGUUUGAAUGGAGAGGAGGAUGAGCUUCUGACAGAAGGGUACCGCAAGGUCCCGAGUGAUAGGUGUGAGGGUGGGUUCAGUCCUCAGCUCAUAAAGCAGACAGUCAAAGCCUGUGGUAUUAAACCUAGUCCUGCUCCUCCUGCAAUGUCCACAUCUUCAGUCACACACUUUGACACACCGCGAGAAAAGCUGGUGUUGAUCCUGGUGUGUGCAGGAGCAGUCAUCAUCGUCCUCAUAGCUAUUGUUUCUGCUGUGAUUGUUGUCAAGAGAGUGAUUUAUAGAAACAGGACACCGAUAUAUCGUUUCUCCAACCUUCGACUCCAGGACGACGAAAACUCCACUGCAGCUGAUCAUGAAAGCGGCACGAGCAGCAAUAGCACAGCCUGCCAACAGGACUCAGAUGAUGAUCUCAUUGAAUGACACAGCAGACAUGAUUGACACCAGCUGCACUGAAAUG